GUUACUAGCCAGAUCAACAAUAAUGUCUAAGGGAACUUCCAUAAAAGAGGCUCUGGAAAAAUGGAAAGAGAAGACUGGGGAAGAUCCCAAGGAAGCCAAAGUCAUUAAAUUGUACAUGCAGCUGCCUCCAAUAGAGAAAAUGGAUGCUUCACUCUCAACCCUUGCAAACUGCGAGAGCCUCUCCCUCUCUUCAAACUGCAUCGACAGGAUUGGAAACUUAAAUGGACUAAAGAGUCUCAAGGUACUAUCCCUUGGACGGAACCUUAUAAAGAACCUGACAGGCCUUGAGGCAGUAUCAGACACGCUGGAGCAACUGUGGAUAUCUUAUAAUCUGAUUGAGAAGCUAAAAGGGAUAACAGUCCUCGGUAAACUAAAGAUUCUAUACAUGUCCAAUAACAACGUGAAGGACUGGAAUGAAUUUCAGAAAAUAGCAGAGCUAUCGAAACUUGAGGAACUAGUCUUUGUUGGUAAUCCUCUUGAGGAGAAACACAGUGCUGAAGGAGACUGGAGGGAUCAGGUACAAAAAAGAUUACCAAAGCUAAGGAAAUUAGAUGGUGUACCUAUUGUUGUCCAAGAUGAAGAGGAUUGAAUUGUCAACACAAUUUCCAAACACUAUAAAGCAUGCACAACUGGAUUCAUGUACACAAUGCAUAAUAAACAUAAUAAAAACAUUAUGCAUGUACAGUAUGUACAUGUACAUUGCACCAAAAUGUGUUAUUGCUGAUACAUAAUACAUGUAUUGUUACAAUAAUAAUUAAGUGAAAAAUAAUUGUCUAA